AUGCCUCAGGUACCUUCAACGAGAUGGUGCCCAACGCCUGAGCAGCUCAUGAUACUGGAGGAGAUGUAUAGGAGUGGAGUGAGGACUCCCAACGCCGCUCAGAUACAGCAGAUAACGGCUCAUCUUUCCUACUAUGGGAAAAUAGAGGGAAAGAAUGUCUUCUAUUGGUUCCAGAACCACAAGGCGAGGGACAGACAGAAGCUCCGAAGGAGGCUCAGCAGACACCAGCAGAUGCUGCAACAGCAUCAGAUGAUGAACCAGCAAGCCCCGCAGCUCCACCAGAUGGAGACAUUUCGCUCGCCACUGCAGCAGCAUCAGAUUCCCCACCAGAUCACCCCUCAGUUCCUCCAACAGGUGGCCUUUCUUUCUCUCUGUCUCUCUUACUCACUCACUCACUCAGACUCUCUCUCUAUCGCCCUCUAACGUACUCUCUCUCACUCUCGCGAGGGGAGGGGGGGGUGUUGAGUCGGGUUGUAGUUUACAUGCAAGGAUACGUCUUACUUCAUUUCUGCAAACGGUGACUGUGGUUUUAAGCUCUUCUACUCAGCUCCAUAGACAGGUUUCCACGAACAGUUUCUAAUGCUUCUAACCUGACCUAUCCUAACGUCUGAAUCUGUAAAAUUUGGAGCAUAGUUAUUUGUCAAACAAUGGUAUAUGAUGAUCGUCGUUCACGAAAUAUGCUUCUUGAUUAGAGAUGUAAUUCACUCGAGAGUUCUUUCGUCUGGUUUGCAGGGAUGUUAUCAGGAUGCACCAGAAGUAAUGAAUCUUGUUGGCAAGCUGGAGACAUGCGGAAGGGACGAUGGCACCGAGAGGCCCUCGGCAGGAUGUUCUGCGAGCUAUGGCUACGAGUGGAUGAUGGUGACGGAAGCGAGUUCGGCUGUUCCCCCCUGCUGCAGGCCUCUCAAGACCCUGGAGCUCUUCCCCACCCAAAGUACCGGCCUCAAAGAAGAGUGUAGCACCUCCAAAUCGUCUUCCUGCUCCACUUCUACUAACUAG